AUGCAGCUCCCAAACAAUUUUCAGAGAGAUAGUGCCCAGGCAGAAAGGAAAUUGAUAACACAGCACGGUGAGAUGUUGGGGAUAACUGAGGUUUCAGUCGCUCUGAUUGUGUUUCUCCUGAUUGUGCAAUUUCUGAAGUUGCAAUGGACACGUAGACUGCUUCCUCCUGGACCAACUCCCCUGCCCAUUAUUGGCAACUUAUGGCUGCUGGACUUUAAACUUCAGCGAGAAGAUCUUCUUAAGUUAACCAACAUCUAUGGCAACAUUUACACAGUGUGGAUGGGACAGACACCUGUGAUUGUAUUGAAUGGAUACAAAGCAGUAAAAGAAGGCCUUCUCUCCCAUUCAGAAGAGAUUUCUGGACGGCCUCUCACCCCCUUCUAUAGGGAUCUGAUGGGAGAAAAAGGUAUUUUCCUGACAAGCGGUCACACCUGGAAGCAGCAGAGACGCAUUGGUAUGACAUUUCUAAAGAGCCUGGGACUGGGUAAGAAAAGCCUGGAGCACCGAAUACAGGAGGAGACCAGACACCUGGUGGAGGUCUUUGCAAGUCAGAAAGGGAAACCCUUCGACCCCCAUACCCACAUUGUCCAUGCUGUCGCAAAUGUGAUUUGCACUGUGGUUUUUGGCCAUCGCUUCUCCAGUGAGGAUGAUUCCUUCAACCGGCUCAUCAAAGCCAUCUAUUUUGUGAUCUUCUUCCAGGCCACUAUCUGGGGCAGGAUGUAUGAUGCUUUCCCAUGGCUUAUGCAUCAUCUCCCAGGACCUCACCAGAAAGUGUUUGUGUACAAUGAUUUUAUGCACAAUUUAGUUAAGAACGAGGGCCGAGGUCAUGAGGAGAGAUGGAAAGAAGAUGAUCCACAGGAUCUCAUUGACUUCUACCUGGCUCAGAUAGCAAAAACCAAAGAUGACCCCACGUCCACCUUUAAUGAAGAUAACAUGGUUCAGACUGUGGUUGAUCUUUUGCUGGGAGGGACAGAAACCACAACUAUCACCCUGUGCUGGGGACUCCUCUAUAUGCUGCAAUACCCAGAUAUCCAAGAGAAAGUCCAGAAGGAACUAGAGACUGUCCUGGAACCUUCCCAACUAAUCUACUAUGAGGACCGGAAGAAACUGCCUUACACAAAUGCUGUGAUUCAUGAGAUCUUGCGCUACAGCAACAUUACUGCUGUCGGGGCCCCUCGACAGUGCGUGAAGGAUACAACAGUGCUGGGGUUUCCCAUUGAAAAGGGCACAAUUAUAUUGCCAAACUUACACUCUGCUGUAUACGAUUCUGAACACUGGGAGACCCCAUGGAAGUUUAACCCGAGUCACUUUCUCGAUUCAGAUGGCAACUUUGUAAACAAUGAAGCAUUCUUACCUUUCUCAGCAGGGCAUCGGGUGUGUUUGGGGGAACAGAUGGCAAGAACUGAGCUCUUCAUCUUCUUUGUCAACCUGCUGCGGGCGUUCACAUUCCAGCUUCCAGAGGGAGUGAAGGAAGUCAAUCUGGACUAUAUUUUAGGGGCUAUAUUGCAUCCACAUCCAUAUAAGCUUCAAGUGGUUCCACGCUAG